AUGAAGCUCCUCUUGCUAUACGUCCUCGCUAGCCACGCAGCUACCGCUGUGUUGGCCGUAGCAUGCAGUGCCGAGCAUCGCAUUAAUGUUAUGCGAUACAUCACCGCUGCAUUCAACGAAAACAACCUCUUGUUAUCCGCCGCCGCAAUUCAAGGCAUGCCAUUGCAGGAUGAUGCUCCUGCCUUUGUGUCCGUCAACGGUGUUCCGGCCGUUCAAUUUGGCUUCGAUGCCGCUUCGACAAAAGACUUUGCACAAGUCGUUCGCCAGGCCUUCUCAAACGUCGUCUCCGAAUAUACGGACUUUGACAAUGGAACAACUCUUAUGGAAGCAGACGUCACUCUUGGUGUCCUCGGUGCAAUUGACUUUCCCAUAUCCGCGCAGGUUCCGGUCCCAGCCCAAUUCAACCUGACAUCUUGCAUGCUCAAGGAACUGCGCGCCAACGUUAGAGUGCCCUCAAAGAUUGGAGGCAACCCGUUGGACACACCCACACUCGAGUUCAUUCCAGGUCUCGACAAGCUUCCAGGCGCAAGAGAGGUUUUGAAAGCGCUUUUAGCCUCUGAUGACGAAGAUUUGGUUGCAUAG